CAGGAAUUUUGAAGUUCUGGCCAUGGAUGGAUUAUAGGGAAGUCAUCAUCUCAGGCUCUCUGCUGUUGCUGACGGGUCAGAGAUCUUCUGGUCCACCUCACAGCCGUCAGAGAGCGUCAGAAAAACACUGAACCUUCCGUCUCUGAGGAUUAACGUUGACGUCACUCAGUACUGUAGAACGGAUGAUACAGACAGGAUGCUGACAGACAACAUGGAUGAACCACACACAGACUUUAUCUACUGCUGUGGAGCCAUCACAGAGGUGCUGAAGUUUGGCUCCCAUCAGUUACACUCUGAAAAACACAAGGUGCUUUUUCUCAUCAUUCCAGGUAAUCCAGGUGUGGUGGGCUUCUACAGGACCUUUAUGCAAACACUGUACAGUAUGUUUGAAUCCCACCACCCAGUUUGGGCUGUAAGCCACGCUGGCCACUGUGUGCCCCCGCUCUCCAUGGACAUGGUGGAAGACAACUCGUCAGCAGCAGAGCAGGACAUGUUUGGUCUGAACGGGCAGAUUGAACACAAGCUGGCCUUCCUCAGGAGACAUGUCCCCAGAGACAUCAGCUUGGUGCUGGUGGGACACUCCAUCGGCUGCUACAUUAUUCUGAACAUGAUAAAGAGAAAUCCUCAACUCAAGAUUUUAAAAGCCAUCAUGCUGUUUCCCACUAUCGAGCGCAUGGCUCAGACUCCUCAGGGGAAGGUCAUGACCCCUGUGCUGUGUCACAUGCGUUAUGUGGCCUACCUGCCUGUCUUCCUGCUCUCUCUGCUGCCUGACGGACUCAAAGCCUGCCUCAUCAAACUGCUGUUCUGUGGCAUUCGCUCUCUGGACCGCAGUGUGGUCCAGCCAACCACGUGUCUGCUCAGUGGAGACUGUGCAGCGAAUGCCAUGUAUAUGGGGGGUCAGGAGAUGAGGAAAGUUCUGGAAAGAGACAACAUAACCAUCAAGAAAAAUCUUGAAAAGCUCAUCUUUUAUUAUGGAGCCACAGACCACUGGUGCCCUGUUCAAUAUUAUCAUGAUAUCAAGCAGGACUUCCCCCGAGGAGACUUCAGACUGUGUGAGAGAGGAUUCCACCAUGCCUUCGUCCUGGAAGCAGGACAAGAAGUUGCCAAAAUGGUGUUUGAAUGGAUCUGUAGAGAUGUGUUCUUCCUCUGACUGACAUGAACACUGA